AUGGCAAUUCCUCUGUGUAUUUCCCGUUUUGCCCCUUUAAUACACCUUUAUUUACUCUUACUCUCACUCCCAACAUCCCUCGUCUCCGCCGUCAACAUUACCCGUCUCUUGUCUCCUUAUUCCGAUCUCUCCGACUUCUCCGACCUCCUUUCAACCACCGCCGUCGCCGCCGAUCUCUUCCACCGUACCUCCAUCACCCUCCUAGCCGUCCCCAAUUCCUUCCUCCGCUCUUCUGACCUCGUCCGUCGCUCCUCCUCCAUCAAUGUCGCCGAUGUCAUCCGCUACCACGUCCUCCUCCAAUACCUCUCCCUCCACGACCUCCGCCGCUACCCUCCGUCGGGAAAACUCAUAACCACCCUCUUCCAAACCACAGGCCGCGCCGCUGACAGUUUCGGUUCCGUCAACAUCACACACGACCCUUAUACCGAUACAACCACCGUCCAAUCGUCAUCAGUCUAUCCACAAUCAACCAACAACGCCACCGUCAUCUCUCCCAUCGUAACCCUACCUUACAACGUCAGUAUCUUCACCGUCAAUUCACUCAUCAUCCCAUACGGAUUCGAUCUGAUGACGUCGGAAAGUCGACCACCGUUAGGGCUCAACAUCACUAAAGCUCUAAUCGACGGCCAUAACUUCAAUGUAGCAGCAUCAAUGUUUUCAGCCUCGGGAGUCGUGCAGGAAUUCGAAUCUGAAAAAGGUGGAGCAGGCAUAACCUUGUUCGUCCCCACAGACGAUGCUUUCUCCUAUAUUCCGGUGACGGAAAACUUUCAAUCAUUACCCGCCGACCAAAAAGCCGAUGUAUUACGUUUUCACGUCUUACUUUCAUAUUACCCACUUGGAUCGCUGGAAUCGAUAGUGAACCCAUUUCAACCAACCCUAGCUACUGAAGAUAAAGGAGCAGGAAGGUUCACCUUGAACAUUUCUCGGGUUAACGGGUCGGUUGCAAUUAGUUCGGGCAUCGUCGAAGCUUCGGUGACCCAAACCGUAUUCGAUGAAAACCCUAUCGCAAUUUUUGGGAUUUCAAGGGUCUUACUACCGAAAGAAAUAUUCAGGAAGAAAGAGAAUGCUGAGUCACCGUCGAUAUCACCUCCGCCGCCGAAUUCUUCACCGGAAUUGAAUGGGCCGUCGUCGUCGUCGCCGGGGCUCCGAGAGGAAAUGCAUUCUACGGCGACGGUACAGAACGUGAAUUUGGGUUUGUAUUUGUAUACAGGAUUGUUGUAUGUAUUAUUAAUUUAA